UCAAAACACUGCUCAGAUUUUACCGCGAAACUAAGUUGUGAAUAACACGGAGAGGCAGAGCUCAUUUUCCUUGUUUUAGUGUUAAAUUCGUCCCGUUUCGCCGCUCUUUCCUCCGUUUCCAUCUAUUUCCCUCUGGUUCAAAGCUGUCAGGAUGUUCUGUGAGAAAGCCAUCGAGUUAAUCCGAGAACUUCACCGGAUGAGCGACGGCCAGUUGCCCGCUUUCAACGAGGACGGACUCCGGCAGGUUCUCCAGGAGAUGGAGGCUCUUUAUGAACAGAACCAGGCUGAUGUUAACGAGGCGAAGGCUGACGGUCGAGCUGAUCUGAUUCCCUCCAUUAAACUGCGUCACUGCUGCCUGCUGAGGAACCAGCGCUGCCUCACAGCCUACCUCUACGACCGCCUGCUGAGGAUCAGAGCUCUGCGCUGGGAGUACGGCAGCGUUUUACCGCCAAAUGUCCGCUUCCACAUGUGUGCAGAGGAGGUUCAGUGGUUCAGUCAGUACAAAAAGUCUCUGGCAUCCUUCAUGCGCUCUCUGGGAGGAGGAGAGGGAUUGGACAUCACUCAGGACAUGAAGCCUCCAAAGAGUCUUUACAUAGAGGUCAGAUGUUUAAAAGACCACGGGGAGUUUGAGAUCGAUGAUGGAACAGUGAUCCUGCUGAAGAAGAACAGCCAGCACUUCCUGCCACGGUGGAAAUGUGAGCAGCUAAUUCGUCAGGGCGUCCUGGAGCACGUCAUGUCCUGAUGUCACAAUGUCUGAAUUAUGGGAUCAAUGUUUGUUUUUUUUAACAGGAAAUAAAAAAUGUAAAAUAAACUCUAA